AUGUCCUCUGCUCAGCUUGAUCUGCUUGCGAAAUACACUGCCUGCGACGUCUCGGACGCGCUUCUCAAGCUCGAUGUUCCCGGUGCUGGCUUUAUUCCAGACAUAGGUCCGCUCAAGACCGGAACCACCCGUGUAGUCGCUCCGGCCAGCACAGUCCAUUUCUCUCCCAAAACGACCAGCUCAUUCCCCAACCCUAUUGGCGACAAGCCUGAGCUGAAAGAACCUGCCGAUAAGAACGCAAGCAAGAUCGCUCCGGGUACGCCCUACGCCGACCUUGUCAACCCUGAAACAAUUGUCGUCUUGUCCCAGCCAGAAGGGCAGGCUUGCGCAGUGGUGGGAGGCAUAAACGGCGCGCGCAUGGAACAGCUGGGAGCGAAAGGCAUACUGGUUUCGGGACGAGUACGGGAUUUGGAUACGCUGAACGGCCUCAAGAUUCCCGUGUGGAGCAAGGGUACAAGCAGCGUGGGUGCAGGAGCUCAAACCAAGGCCUACGCCGUUGGAUAUCCGGUCGAGAUCGGUGAGGUGACGGUCGUGUCGGGAGACGUCGUUAUGCUGGACCCGGCAGAGAACAGUGCCGUGGUGAUCCCCAAGGAUAAGGUAGAUGCGGUGCUAGAGCUCAUUCCGAAGCUGGUGGAUGCGGAUGAGAAAUGCAUGGCCGACGUUUUGGCCGGCGGCACUGUCAAGGAGGCGUUCGCAAAGCAUCGAGGCCAAUAG